GGCAGAGUAGCAGUUGGUAGGCAGGAAGAGGUUCCCAAUACAGGAAUGCGCUUCUGCAAGAGGCUAAAGGAUUCAGCUGUCACCCCAGGAGCAGCACACUCUAACCGCCAACUGGUUGGGUUAGCAGGGACUGUAAAGUAUCCGGCCUUUUCCUGAAAGAUAGAAGAACAUGAUGGUGGCAUUGACAAUUGCAGUAAUCCCUGUGCUGCACACAGCAGCAGGGGACCCAUCUGGCUACUACAUUGGGCGGACACUAUGGUUUGGCCUCAUCUGCCUAUACAGCUUAGUGAUUUAUGUAGUCCAGGUGCCCUGGCACAAAAUCCGUGAAGAGUUCAACUGCCAUGGAAAUAGCACCUACCCUUGUCUGGUGGAGUGUUAUGAACAACUGUUUAGCAUUCCUAUCACAGGAAUGUGGUACUACUUCUACUUCAUCUUCAUAGCCCUCUUCUUCCUCAUGGAAUUCUUCAUAGCUCAGAUUCGGCAUAAGCACAUCAAGAUAAAGAUUAAGUCCAUGCCGCAGGAAUCAGAGAACAUAGUGGAAAUGGAGACGGGCUCCACGGAGGCAAUCAGGAAGCAGAGCUCCUCCCAGGUACUCUUCCUGAACUUCCACCAGGAGAAGAAGCUCUUAUAUUUGUAUCUGUUCCACUCCCUCCUGCAGAUCAGCAUCCAGACUGUGUUUUUAUGUCUGCUCACAAACAAACACCUGCCCAUAGUGAGUCAAGGCAAGACCCGCUGCAGCACCAAUAGCUGCUCCACCCUUCACUGCCUGAUCAGAAAAACCGCUGAGAAGAGGGUCACCAUCUAUGGCCUCAUCACCUUGUCCAUCAUUAUCAUCUCCCUCGGGGCAGGCUACUUCCUCUACAGCAUCCAUCAUUACCUACUGGAAGUUCAGUCAGCUUCCAAGAUUCAAAUUUACUGACGUUUCUAAGAGAUAACACACUUCCUGAAGGCCUUUCUCCUUCACACAAGGAACUUUAUGUUCUAAAUUUUGUUGUUUCAGAAAGAGCCUCUUCCUUCUGACCUUCUUUGGGUUUUGAUUUUAAGAAAUAAACAUUUGUCAAGCA